AUGACAACGGCAGCCUCCAAGCUCGACAUCACCCACGCAUACCGGCACCUUUAUCGGGGGCUCCUCCGAGCGGUGCAGUACUCGGCGCCGGCGCGGUACGUGGUGCGGGACCAGCUCCGAGCGGCUUUCCGGGAGCGAGAUGCGGCUCUGGACAGAGAAGGUGUCAAGAGGACGGUGUGGUUCCUGGAAGCGGCGGCCAAGGAGAGGGGGCUGGAGCACAAGAUUUUGAAGAAUCUGAUUCGGGUGCGAUAUAGGCCUGAGACGAGACAGCUGCAGCAAGAUGCGAUGCAGCACUACGAUAUGACGGUUGCGAUGCUGAAUAAGAGCAUGGGACUAUGUCUGCGGUAA